CUAAUGCCAUGUUUGCGGAAGCUUGGAUACAGUUAGCUAACAGAAGGUGGCCACUUUAAUUCGUGAAUAUUGUUUGGURGAUUAUUUUAUAAUCUAAAAUGAAUCUUCCAAAGGGACCAGAUUCUCUGUGCUUCGACAAAGAUGUUUUCAUGAAGGAUGAUUUUGAUGUUGACCAGUUUGUGGCCGAGUGUCGAAAGCAGGUGCAGCUGGAGGAGAUGAGAGAGGACCUGGAACUGUAUUACAAGCUACUGAAAACAGCCAUGGUAGAGCUUAUCAACAAGGACUAUGCAGACUUUGUGAAUCUCUCUACCAACCUGGUGGGGAUGGACAAAGCCCUUAAUCAGCUUUCAGUGCCCUUGGGACAGUUGCGAGAAGAAGUCAUGAGUCUGCGGUCCUGUGUAAGCGAAGUGAUACAAGCUAUUGAUAACCAGCUAUCUAAACAGGAAGAUCUACAAAAUAAAAAGGUGUGUGUAUUGAGGUUAAUUCAGGUGGUGCGUUCUGUCGAAAAGAUUGAGAAGAUUCUUCAUUCGCAGAACUCAAAGGAAUCAAAUUCUCUGGAAAUCAGCAGCCCCUUGUUGGCAGGUCAGAUCCUGGAGAGAAUUGCCACAGAAUUCAAUCAGCUGCAGUUCCAUGCAGUGCAAAGCAAAGGCAUGCCUCUGCUGGACAAAGUCAGACCUCGUAUAGCCGGGAUCACCUCCAUGUUGCAGCAGUCUCUGGAGGGCCUGUUGAUAGAGGGCCUGCAGACGUCCAACGUGGACAUGGUGCGUCACUGCCUGAGGACGUAUGCCACCAUCGACAAAACACGAGAUGCCGAAGCUCUGGUGGGACAGGUGCUGGUUAAACCGUACAUGGACCAGGUGAUAAUUGAAGAAGUGGUGAAGUCCAAUCCAAGUGGUCUCCAGAUGAUGUACUCCAGACUGUUGGAGUUUGUUCCUCACCAUUGUCGGCUGCUAAGAGAGGUGACUGGAGGAGCUAUAUCCAGUGACAAAGCUGACACAGUUCCAGGUUAUGAUUUUCUGGUGAACUCCGUGUGGCCUGAGAUGAUCAAAGGAAUAGAGGAAAGGUUGGCUUACAUCUUCAACCCUGGAAACCCUGACAUAUUCUAUGAGCGUUACAGCGUUAGUAUGGAGUUUGUGCGACGGUUUGAGCGUCAGUGCAGCUCGCAGGCCAGUGUGAAGAGACUAAGAGUUCACCCCUCGUUUACCAGCUUCAACAACAAGUGGAACCUGCCAGUCUACUUUCAGCUACGGUACAAGGAAAUAGCUGGGCGCCUGGAGAACGCCAUAAGUGAUGGAUUAGAGGCAGCACCAGCUGGUAGUGCAUACCACUUGCAGGUUUCCGAGGUUUUAUGGAGCUGUUUGAUGAAAUGCUGGUCUGACAAGGUGUAUCUGUCACCUCUGGCCCAUCGCUUCUGGAAACUGACCCUGCAGCUAUACUCACGAUAUGCCAAGUUUCUUGAAGAGGUGUUGACAAAGACGCCGCCCCCUGAGGUGCCGAAGGAGCCAGUCAGGCCUCUGCCCAGCUCGGCCUCCUCCACUUCCAGUCGAACGUCACUGGAUGAGGGAGGCAGUGAGAGCGGGGGUCCUGCCUCUCUGUCCACCAAACAGCUGGUUUACAUCGCUGCUGACAUCCAGAAGCUGCAGGAGCAGAUUCCCAAGUUGUCAGAAGUGGUCCGGCAGAGGUUAGAAGCCAUUGGAUUCAAAAAUUUUGCGGCUGUUGACAAUGGUCUGGCAGACUCUAAGGCUUGCCUGUCAACCAGUGCUCCUUCACUGAACACCAGGAUGACUCAGCAUCUGACUGAACGCUGCUGCCGUUUCCUGAAAAGUGCCUCUGAGGUUCCAAGACUCUACCGCAGGACAAAUAAAGAUCUUCCUGUGCGUGCAUCGGCUUACAUGGACAAUGCCUUACAGCCAUUACAUCAGUUGUUGACUGACUCCGCAGGGCUGGUUACCCCCCAAACAGCACAAGGAUGGCUGCGAGUAACACUGUCUGACUGCACACAGAAGUACUAUGAGACCAUUUCAGAAGUUCUGAGCUCAGUGAAAAAGAUGGAGGAGAGUCUGAAGCGUUUAAAGCAAGCCAGAAAGGGUGCGGCCGCGACCACCACAACCGGAGCGAACGGCGGACCAUCAGACGACAGCAAAAUCCGACUUCAGCUGGCUCUGGAUGUGGAGUAUUUGGGGGAACAGAUUCAGAAAAUGGGCCUUCAGCCAAAUGACAUCUCCAUGUUCUCCCCGCUGUUGGAGCUUGUGAAAGAAGCCCGAGAACUCGCAGAACAAAACCAUUAGAAAAUUGGGUCUAAAGGGAUUUUAACUUCUAAAUGUGAUGUACGCCUCUACAUUUUCUGUAGACUUGCAGAGGACACUAACCUGAGGCAGAAGUUGUGUGUCGCGAUGAAACUGAAGGAAAAAAAAUCUGUCAUCUGUAAUUAUUAUGCAAACCUCAGAGGCUGCAGUGUUUGUAUUUUAAAGAUGGCAUGAACACAAUGAAUUGUAUUGUGCUGUGGCAUCAUAUACUACUGAGUAGUUAUAUGAACUACUGUGUGUAUACUGAACAUCCACAGGUCAGAAUGUUGUGUAUAAAAACACUCAAAUUGUAUCUGCCAUUUGUCAAAUUUCUCCUUAAUCUAAAAAAAUGUUUGUUGUGUAAAAUAUUCAAAUCAAAGUUGUGGAAAAAAAAACAUAAUUUACUUGGGAAUGAACUGGCUUUGGAUAUAUUUGAAAUGAAUAUGUUUGAGUUCAAAGGUCAA